AGUUUUUGGCAAUUGUCAAACUGUCAUUGUCAAUUGUUGUUUCUCUCCAAGCUCUCAAUUUGUAUUGAGGAAUAAUCAUUCAUGGGGGGGUUAAUAUAAAACCAUCAGCAAGAAAAAGCAUUCACAGUCAUUGUAAUACUUGUAACGCUAAGUUUUGUUUAAAUAUGGGAAAAUAUGGACUCAAAAACUGGAAGCAUGAGAAUAUAUCAAAAACCUCUUUACAUGAGCCAGGAGUCGAUGUGACAGAUAAUGUUAUGAGCAAGAUGGCCCGACAAGCAAGUCCUAUCCCAACGAGACGAAACAACGACACCAAACAUAGGAGAAAUUCUUUCGAUUUGCCUACUGAUGAGUGUACUGAUGAAGAAUCCGACAAUGAAAAUAUUUUAUCCAAAUCUUCCCCUGCAACAUUUUCAUGUUACAGUGAAGAAUUAUACAACAGUGCAUUGCAAAAUGAACUUUCAAGGAGCAGAAAUUCGUCUAGUCAUUCUUUGAAUAAUAUAUCACCACAUAGACACAACAAUAUCAAUACCGAAAAUCAUCUCAACAGCUCUUUUACAUUAUUACAAGAAAAUAAAAAUAAAAAGGAUAAAUUAGGAUCAUCAAAUCAUUUCCUAAUAGUAAUAGUUAUAUUGCUGUUGUCUAUUGUGUUACUCUAUAUAAAAUUUGACAGUGAUCCUGUCACAGUAAAGUAUGAGUAUGAUAGGUUUCAAUUUGAUAAUGAUGUUAAAGAUUUGAAAGAAAAGUACAAAAUAGAAGACAAUUCUAUACUACAAGUAAAGACUGGUGUUGCUACAAUAUUCAAAAAUCAAGACACAGCUUCAUUUAUAUUUGCAUAUAACAGCAAUAGUAAUAAUUUCAAUGGGUUAAAAUUUAAUAACUUUAUUGAUGACAUUGCUGCCACAACAUCUAGAUAUUUACGCAAUGAAAGUAAUAAAGUCCAUGUGACUAUAGACUCAUCAAACCUAAUAAUUCAAACUGCAAAAGAGUUUAUGAACCAGUACCAGAAUGAAGUUUAUGAAUCUGGUGUGAUGCUCGUCAAAGACAUUGAAAGUGUUCCAUCUCAGCUUGCGAUGGCCUUUCACUACUACUGUGAUGAGUACAACCCUUUGGUGAAAAGAAGUGCUAUUUUCUUUACAUUGAACUGGGCAAAGUGUUCUAAUAGUUCUGAUAAAAAAGCAACUCAUGAAAAUAUUGAAAAAUGCCUUGCGAGCAGAUGGAAAACUGUAGAUGAAGAAAAAAUCGGCCCACUGUUGACCAGAGUGGUUAAUAUUGUUGUGGAUGUUACUCAGUCUUUUUAAUUUAAUAAAAUUCGUGUGAUAUAUUUGUAUGAUACUUUUUUACAUAAAACAAUUUAAAAGUAAUUACCUAAGUUUGUUUAGCAAUCUCAAUUAUGUUAUUUUGCAUUUGAAAAUGAAGAAUUAGUACUCAAUACAAUAAAGGGGGAAUAGAGUAAUGUAAAUUUGUUUGUAAGCAGCAUUUUUAUGCUAUUAAUAAAAGCUUAUUUGCUUGUUAUUAAAUUCAUAACAAAUACUUAUAAUAUUUAAAUAAUCAUCACUAUCAUGGCAAUUAUGUUUAAGUUUCUACUUGUGAUAAUUUUUAAUGUAAUUGUAUGCAUGUUGUUGGAUAAUAUAUUUUUAGUUGAAAUUCG